GUGCGAGCUGCCGGUGUCACUUAUAUACCUAACAAACAAACAUGGCUGGUACUCUACUCGGCAGGAAACCAGUGAAAUUGCUUCAGAGAUUUCUGAAAAGCACUUUUUGUCAUGAUGUGGCAUCUUCAUCACAACUCAGCAGUGAGAAAAUUGUCAUUCCAAACAGAAUACCAAGGUCACCCACAGCAAUCCUUGAGGCAUUGGCAAGUACGGUGAGUCGGGACUCAUCAGGACCACAUUACAAGUAUCAUGAUGAUCCAUAUCUAACACCUGGAUCCAACCUUUCCAAGCGUGUAUUCUCCCUCUCAAAAGAAGCAGGACGCAAGGCUGCAAGAUGGAUACGUGAUGAAAAUGCUGCUUUUUUCACUCAUCGGCCAGAUGAUCCUUUUAUUGAGGCAUUCUUUCCUAAAAUGACAUACAACGAGGAAAGCAAUUUGAGUGAAGAAACUCUUCGAGAGCUAAUCCAAAAGUGUUCUGUGUCAGAUGCCAUUACUGUCUAUCAACUCUCUCAGUCUAAAGGCAUUGAGUUAAGUGAUAAUGUUUACCAGGAACUUCUUGAGCUGGUAGCUUACUACAAUUGUGAGGACCCGUUGGAUGAAGAUUGGGUCGAAGAGCGCUGGUACCGUCAAGGUGUCACAGCAGUUAGGAACACUUGGAAAGAUAAUGGACUUGCUGAAGAAUUAUUUAAAUCUUUAAGCACCAAGGGAUCUGCAGCAUAUGGUGCUCUGAUCCGUGGCAUGGCUCAGUAUUACCAGGCCUUGAUUUACUUUCUCAUUUUGAAAAAUUAAAAAAUUUCAGGGGGGCCCAUAAGCCGCAUAUUGAUUGAUAUCCUUGACCACAUUGAAGGAAAGCAGUUUGAGAUUGAAGAUCCUAAGGACACUUUCUUUUUUGUCACUGCCAUGGAUGUUAGCCGAAAUCAUUUACAGAGCCUGGAAGUGGCCCAGCGCGUAGAUAAGUUGCUACACACUGGAAACAAUUAUUGUUUAAUUGGAGACUCUUUUAAAGAGUCCAUUUACUAUCGUCACUAUUUUGCAUUGGCCUGUUCAACGCUGAUUAUUGAGGACUUCAUGGAAAUAUACAAUGAUUUGGUGCCUCAUAUUUAUACCCCAGAGCCUGGGGUUAUGGAGGAAGUGAUGAAGGCAAUAAGCACUCAUGAGGCCUUCGAGUAUUUACCCCAGCUGUGGUCAGACAUGAUAGUAUUUGAACACACAUCUCGAGAUCGUCUCCUUUCACUUGUAUUGUCAGUGCUUACCAAGUAUCAGCCAUCAGAGGAAAAUAAACAGCUUACCAAGCAGCUGGCAACCAUUGCUUGGGAUGUAUGGACAAGAGUACAGGAACAAGAUGAGACCAGACAUAAUAAGGUUUCAUGGAACGGCCUGAUGAUUGGUGAUUUAUUAACUACCUUAGUUCAGUGUGGAGAGUAUGAUAAAUCUUUGAUUGUGAUGAAGGAAGCAACUACUAAUGCCCAUAAGAUACUAGGCUAUAUACCAGUUAAUGCCUUACAAAUAUUGAAUAAUGCUGCUAUUGAAAAGAAAGAUGCUGAAACAUGUGUGAGUGUAGCUAUGUAUGGACUGGAUGCUGGACACCAAGAGACAGGAGAGAUGGUCAAACAGCUUCAAUCAAAGUUAAACCUCAGUUUAGAGCACCAGGCAAAACUCUCUUCAGCUUUUGGUACUGAGCUCUUAAAUGACUCUUCCUGAAGACAUCACUUGCUUGAGAGUAGAGUAUUUAGCUUCAUGCAGAAUACAUUUUAUCAUAAGCAAAAUUACCUAGAGAGGAAGAGAAGUGUAAGUUUCAAAAUAUAUAAGUAGUAUCCAAACAAGAACAUUAGAAUUGUUUAUUUGGAUGUGCAGUGAACCCUAGACUUACUGAAAACUGUUGGUUAGAGAAUUGUCUGUUACAAUUUCUGUUAUUCACUGAAUUGAACAUUUAAUAUACUUUUGAAACACAAGCAUUAUUGAAAAGUAACAGUUUAAAGGAGGAAAUAUUUCAAUUUGGUCUGCAGAGGAGCCAUAGUAUUCUGGUCAUUUGCUAGUCUAUAUUAACCCUUAAAGUGUCGAAGCGUAGAUCUACGUUUGCUCGUGUAGCGCUCCGAAUGUAGAUCUACUUUUUUUUUAACAUUCUCUUAUGGAGAAAAUCAAGGUCUGAGUGCUACGCUUGCAAACAUAGAUCUACAUUUGGACAGUUUAAGGGUUAAUACCUCUCAAGGUGCCUUGAUGUCGGUGAGGGGCUUGUGAUUCAGAGAAAUGACCUGAGUGUUGCAUGACCCAUGAAAGUUCAGUGCUUUCCUAAUUAUAUUAGCAUUAUUUUUAAAUAGGGAAGCACCAAGCCCAUAGAGGUCAUACAGUGAAAGGGGAAAGUAAUGAAGUCCUUGGAUCAAGAGCCCUUCAACAUUAAGGUACCUUUUUGAAGGAAGAAUCACCUUUGCUGGAGAUGCAUAUUUUUUUUUUGCUACAUGAUAUGUGACCAUAUUGUCUAAUAAUGUCGUCCUCCACACCAUGCACAGCAUUAAAAUGCCCUUAUAGUUUUGCCACUUCAUGAAUAUAAUUAACUGAAUUUUAACAAUUCUGCACAAACCUAGGGGACCUUGAUUCAGGAAUUUGUGCUACCUUUUUCUGCUGCUGAUCGAACCCAAUUGUGCCUGGUAGUGUGUAUAAACCACUUCUGUAUAUAUAGUUAUAUACAGAAGUGGUUUACAAUUUCCUCUUCAGAGUAGUGUACAGUAUUAAUUUUAUUGGGGUGGGAGAAGGGAGUGGAGAGAAUUGCUAAACCUAUAGAGUCAUAUAAUGCCUUGACAGACAAACUGGUUUGAUCCAGGGAAGAAGUCAGAUCCAAUUCCCUAAAUCAAGAGCCCCUCACUAGCAUUAAAGCACCUCCUAUGAGGGGAAAUGUAGAGUAAUAUGACACAUUAUAGAAUAUUUAAGUAUUCUUUUAAUUUAUUUCAUUAAGAUAGUCCAAAAUAUAAAGUAUGCAUGGACGUAAUAUCUCAGUCCAGUGAUUUUAAUUUUUGUGCAUCAGAAUCAAUAACGUGUGUAAAAUGACCGAUUUUUGUUUAUUUCAUAAUUUUUAUUAACAGUUUAAACAGCAUAAUUUUCAAUAUUACAUAUGAAUUUAUAUGAAUAUUUGGAUUCUUUCAACCAUUUAAAAAAUCAAAGAUGAUUAAACAGGUACAUUAAAAAAAGGGAAAAAAAUGUAUGAACAUCUAAUAAUAAUGGGUAUUAUAUUAAUGGUAUACAAUACCAACAAGUAGAGUAAGACACUUGCAACAUUUAGGUAUCUCUCUGAAGCUUUCUGCCUGCUGUGCAAGCUUCUUUAGUCUAAUGCAAAGGUGACUUAAUUAUUGGAAGCAGUGGAGAGGAUCAGUCCCUUACUCUAAGAAAUGUUGAGAUCACUUCAAUAUUUCUGCUAUCUCCAAUAUUUCAUCUUUGUAUCUGACUGAAAAAGCCUGCAGAGCAGGUAAACUAUCUCGAUGUUAAAUAUACCUAAUUGUUGCACAUGUCUCUCAAUAAUAUUGGAAAAUAGCCAAAUAAUUCUUUCUAAUUAUAGGUACUAUAGUAUACAUCUUCACCAUAUACAUUCAUUUAGAUUAAAGAAUAAGAAUAAAUGAAAUCUGUAUUCUGCUAACAAGUAGAAAAUAAACAUUAAAAUUCUUUUAAUCUCUUCAGUCAUUUUAAGCAUAGACAGACCUUUUUCCAUAUGAAAAAGUAAUUAAAAACAUAACAGACUGCCUUUCCAUAUCCUCUAAGUAGUAGUAGUAGUAAUAAUAAAUAAUAGCUAAUUGAAAAAACUAAGAAUAUAUACCCAGUAACAAUCAUGUACAUUGUUUCAAUAGUUUGCAUUGAUAAGUCUCAUAAAUGGAGUUAUCACAAUAAACACAGACAUAUGCUUUUAAGAAUAAUAACUGUGGAAAGUUGACUAAUUAAAAACCAAGAAAGUAAGUGACUAGCACCACAGUGUCACAUGACCGUGGUUCAGAUUCACUCUCUUGAUUAUGGUGUGCAUGAUAAGUGUGUUGCCACAGGGCUGCAAUACCUAAAUCAUUUGUUUUCAAUUAUAGAGGAAUAUUAAAUAUUCAAAUAUGGGGAUUUAAAGGAAAUGCAAACCUGUAAAUACAAGUCUAGUGCAAAAGGAAGACCACAUAACAGCACCAUUCCAGUUCAUGCAGCAAAUUACAACAUACAGUACUCUGAAUCAGCUUUAUAGAACCAUUUUGUGUCAUGUACUGACUUUAUAAAGUAUUUGUUUUAUAUAACACUGGUGUGUGUGUGUGUGUGGUUUUAUAAAGCUAGUUCAGCCUAAAAGUGAAGUAAGAGAGAUAUACUGAAACUUAUAAAACAAAAUUAUAUUCAGUAUCUAAUCUAUUACAGAUUUGAAAACUCAUAUGGUCUUAUAAAUACUUUUUUGAAAGAUAGCCCAAAUUUUAUCCAGUGAUAAAAUGGUAUCUCAAACAUGUAACUUUUAUUAUAAUUUAACUUAUCUAGCAAUUUUUGUUUUAACUCCUUACCCUGCUGAUCAAAGGGAAGAUGUCUUACACAAGGAGGUGAAGAUUUACAAGUAGGAACUGUGCAUUGGCAGUGAACAGAGAUUCAAAGUAAGGUUCAACAAAUAUCAUAAAGAUAUAAUAGUCAUACA